GGUAUAUAUGUGCGUAAAGAAAAGACCUGACGUCACGUGACCGCCUCUUACUCCCAAACCCGUCAUUUGAGGAAUAACGUAACAUAUUUCUUGUUUCAGCCCAGCCAGGAUCUGUCUCUUUCUUCCUUUAAUGUGUUUUAAUGCAGAUUAUAAUUCAGAGGAUGCUAUUUAAACGAGAGGAGGGAUUCUAGCAGCAUUCUCGAGAAUAAACUGGAGUUUGGUUUUCAAGGCAGCUGAGAUUGAAGUCUGUGUUUGGAAGUGGAGGAAAAUACUGAACGGUCAUCAUGGCAGAAAACAACUUCCCUCCCCUGCCUCGAUUCAUCCCCCUCAAGCCCUGUUUUUACCAAGACUUCAAUGAGAUCCCAGACCAGCGUCGCACGAUGUGCAAGAGGCUCUACUACCUAUGGAUCUUGAAUAGUGCCACGCUGGCUUUUAAUCUGAUUGGCUGCCUGGCGUGGAUGUGUGGAGGUGGCGGAGCGACCAACUUCGGCAUGGCCUUCCUGUGGCUCAUCCUCUUCACCCCCUGCUCCUAUGUGUGCUGGUUCAGGCCCAUCUACAAGGCAUUCAAGACUGACAGCUCUUUCAACUUUAUGGCUUUCUUCUUCGUCUUCAUGGCCCAGGUGGUGAUUAGUAUCAUCCAGACUGUUGGCAUUCCAGGCUGGGGAGUAUGUGGCUGGCUGGCUACCAUCACCUUCUUCAGCACCAACGUUGGCUCAGCUGUGGUCAUGCUGAUUCCCACCAUCAUGUUUACUGCGGUGGCUGUACUCUCCUUCAUCGCCCUCACAAAGGUGCAUAACCUCUACCGUGGCAGCGGUGGCAGCAUGGGUAAGGCCCAGGAGGAGUGGGCCACCGGGGCCUGGAAGAACCCCCACGUCCAGGAGGCGGCUCAGCAGGCGGCCAUGGGAGCGGCGCAGGGAGCGAUGCAGCAGCAGCAGCAGCAGCAGAACCAGAACCAGUACUCAGCAGCUCCCACCUACAACUACGACGACCCGAUGUAGGGCAGAGGAGGGGGCCGAGUGUGAGAGAUAAAAAGGGAUCAAUUAAGAACACAAUUCAGAAUUAGGUGCCCUUCAUUAUAACACUGUACAAGCUGAAUUCAACCAGAACAACGUAGAGAAGAGUCAUGUUUUUUGGUGGAAGUUUGAAUUCUGACACAUGUGGGAGUUCAUAAUUUAAGUCAGUUCACAUUUAAAUCAACAGCCAGUUAUUUAAAAAGCUGUUUUUUUUUUAUCUCUUAUGCUGCUCUAUUUUAGCUGGUCAAUGUUGCUUUCCAACGGAGACACAUAAUAUAGCUACAAACAAUCCCCUGAGCUUCAUCAGUUUAUUCAGGUAGGUUCAUCUGUGGUCAGCACAGUGACGUCUCUGCCUCUACCUGUGUCACUCUUUUAAAACAUCUUUUCAUUACAUUUAAUGUGUUUAUUUAUGUACUGUAGUAGCUGUAUUGUUAAAAGUGUUUACUUUCAUUAGCCUUGAAGGUCACCAAACACUAAAGAACAUUAGUUGUAGCUUCUUCAUACUCAGCUGACGAGUCUCAUUAAAGAGAUGGUUCAGCGAUUGGGAAAUACGCUUAUUUGCUUUCUAUUGGUGCCUUCAAGUGAAACUCGUGAGCUUGUGUUUACAACAUGGAAGGUCGUGUACACGAUAUGCUCGGCGUUCAAGUGGUUAAGUCGUGAGAACACCG